AUGAAUUUAUUUUUGAUAAGUAUAUUUCUUAUAUUAUACAAUGUAAAAUGUAAUAUAUUAAGUAAGAAAUGUGAAAGUUGGAAUGAGUGGUCAGAAUGUGAAAAUGAUUAUAUUUCAAGAACCUGUAAUUAUGAUUAUUCUAUUCGUGAUUUAAAAUCAUGUAAAAAUUGUGGGAAGUGGGGAAAUUGGUCACCAUGUAAUAAUGGGAUAACAUUUCGAUAUUUAAAUAAUUGCGCAUUUAUUAAAGAUGAAAAGGAAUGUACUAAUAAUAAUGAAGAGAAUAAUAAAAUAAAAAAUGAAAAUCCUCAAGGAAUGUUAACUAAUUUGAGUAAUGAAGAUUUAAAAAAAGAUAACAACAAAAAUGAAAAAACUGUACUAAAUAAUAAUGAUAAGCAGUAUAAGAAAGAAAAUGAAGAAUUAAUAUUUAAUGAUGAAAAUAGCUCACAAAAAUUAGAGAUAAAUGAAGAUAAUGAUUUUUCUGAAACUUUCGGAAAUAUAACUGAAGGAAAUAAAAAAAUUGAUAAUGGAAAAAGCGUAAAAAAUAUUCAUUUGAUGACACCAUCUAAUUCAUUUAAUAAUGAAAGCAAUACAAACGAAAUAAGAAAUGAAAAUCCAAUUUAUGAAAAUACUAAAUUACCAUUCAUUCGAGAAAACAAGAAAAACGAAAUUAAAGAACAUAAUUAUAUAUAUGAUAUAAAUUCCAUUAAAAGAAAAAAAGGUGAAAAUGAAGAUAAUAAUAUUAAUUUACAUAAUAGUAAUAAUGAAAUAAAUAAAAGUUACUACAAUAAGAAAAAAGUAAAAAAACUUAGGGACAACCAAAAUAUAAAGAUAAUAAAUCAGAAAAAUGAAAUUGAUAAAAAUAUAUCAAAAGAAAACCUUAACAGUACUGUUAGAAUGAAAACUUAUGAUAACACCUUUAAUGAUGAAAACAAAAACUUAUAUAAUUUUCGUGAAAUACAUGAAAACGAAUAUGAUACAAAGAAUAAUGAUUUUAAAGGAAAAUAUAAUGAUUCAAUAAAAUUUAAUAGAAUAUAUAUAGCAAGUGGUUUGGGCGUUGUUUUAAUUUUAACUGGAGGUAUUGUAGGUUAUAUUAUUCAUAAAGAAAAAAAAACAGAUGAUUUUCCUAUAGAUAGUAAAGAAGAGAAUUAUGAAGUUAUUUUUAAUGAUGAUACUUCAAAAAAUAAAAGUAUCAAAGCAUUAUAUGAAGAGGAAUUUUGGGCAUUUGAAUAA